AUGACAGCCAUUCUACUGCCACUUGCAUUCGCCCUGCUCGCCGCAGCUCGGGCCUGGGAUUACGGGGUUCCUUACUACCCAGCACCGCGCUAUGCCGAGUAUCAGCAGCCAUAUGACUUGCCGUGUCCGCCGUCGGGUCCCGAGAGUCUGGUCUGUGCCGGGGCUCCCGGUGCCCAGCCAUCCACCUUUCCCAGUCCCUGCGAGGUCCAGCGUUUCCGAGCCCUCACGGGCAUAAACUGGGAGAUCAUCCAUGAGAACAGGUGCGAAACCUUGGAGGUUUGUCCGGAUAACUGCCAGGACCAGUACAGUCCGGUUUGCGGAAAGUACAAGGAUACCAGGCGAAACUACAGGAGUGAGUGCGAGCUGCAGCUGGUCAAGUGCCGCACAGGACAUCCUUGGAGAAAGCAGCACGAUGGCCCCUGCGAAAGUAGGUAUCCAGUCGCCCAGUCACCUCGCGCUCAAAACUACAAUCCCUAUGCGAUCAACCCUUACCAACCGAACUAUGGAUCUUCCGGAUCGUAUAACCCUUAUGCACCAGUUCCACCCCAAGGACCCUACAGAUCCCAAGGACCUUAUGGAUCUCAAGGACCUUACGGAUAUCAAAGAUCAUCUGGACCCUACGGGCCCUACAGUCCAUAUGGAGCGCAAUCUCAGCCUCAAGGCUAUCCACAAAGCUCAUUCGUAUCCCCGAAACCCGCCUACGAGGCACCAGUCUAUCACCCGUAUGAGAUUUCCUGGGAAAACAUACCCACUGAGUCCGAGUACGCCAUAGCCGCCAAACCCUAUACAAAUCCGACCUACGAGGAAACGCCAACCGCCUAUCCCACCACUACUUCCACCACAAGCAGUUCCACAACAACCACUUCCACAACAAGCACUUCCACCACAACCACUUCCACAACCCCUAAAACAGAGGAAACCACCACAGAGGCCCCAAGUGUUACUUCAAACCCCAGGCAGAAUAUAAAGGUGAAUGCCGUGAUUGAAGUGCCAGCCAACACAACCACCCAAAAGCCCUCUACGACGGCUGCCCCAACUGAAGCCCCAACUACACAGACAGAAGAAGCCACGGAGCCCAGUUCCACGGUGUCCAGUGUCACUGCUCCUCCUUUGAAGAAAUACGCCACGACGGCUUCUCCACAGCAUGCAACAACCACAGCAAGGCCCUCAAAGCCUGCCCUAUCCAUAAAUGCCGUCAAGGAAGUUGAAGUUACCACUGAGCAGCAAACUAGCACAGAAUCAAGCACAGCCAAGGCCAAGCCCACCUAUAAAUCAAGCCCAUCCUAUCAAUCCCGCAACAUUUAUAAGGCACCUUCAGUCUCUAGUUCCACGGAAGCUCCUCAGGAUGAAGACACUACUACGGAGUCUUUGGAUAAGCUCAUAAAAAUAAAUGCAGUGGAAGUGACCACCCAGAAGAAACCUGAAGAGACCACAGUGGCGAAGACCAAAGCAGCAAAGACUUACCCAUCAUAUCCCACUUAUCCAUCCUCAAGUGUCUAUAAAACUUACCCAGUCUAUGGCACUACGGAAGCUCCUGAGGAAGAAACCACUCAAGAGGCUUUAGAUAAGAUUCUCAAGUUAAAUGCAGUGGAAGUGAGUACUGAGGAGAAUCUUGAAGAUUCCACUCAGGCGGAGACUACCUCGGAACCUAGCACUACUAAAGCAGCAAAGACUUACCCAUCAUAUCCAACAUACCCAUCUUCAAGUGUCUAUAAAACUUACCCAGUCUACGGAUCUUCUGAGGCUCCAAAGGAGGAAGAAACGACUCCAGAGUCUUUAGAUUCGAUUCUUAAAGUAAAUGCAGUGGAAGCUAGUACUGAAGAGCAACCCGAAGACACCACAGAUGCGGAUACUACCUCAGAACCUAGCACUACUAAAGCAGCAAAGACUUACCCAUCAUACCCAUCUUCAAAUGUCUAUAAAACUUAUCCAGUCUACGGAUCUUCUGAGGCUCCAAAGGAGGAAGAAACCACUCCAGAGUCCUUAGAUUCGAUUCUUAAAGUAAAUGCAGUGGAAGCUAGUACUGAAGAGAAUCUCGAAGACACCACUGAGGUGGAUACUACCUCGGAAUCUAGCACUACAAAGGCCUCACCGACUUACCCAUCAUAUCAAACUUAUCCAUCCUCAAAGGUUUAUAAAACUUAUCCAGUCUACGGCACUACGGAGGCUCCUAAGGAUGAAGACACCACUCCAGAGUCUAUAGAUAAGGUUCUUAAAUUAAAUGCAGUGGAAGUUACUGAGGCGGAGACUUCAUCGGAACCUAGUACCACUAAAGCGGCACCGACCUACCCAUCAUAUCCAACUUAUCCAUCCUCAAAGGCUUAUAAAACUUACCCAGUCUACGGGUCUUCUGAGGCUCCACAGAAGGAAGAAACGACUCCAGAGUCUUUAGAUUCGAUUCUUAAAGUAAAUGCAGUGGAAGCUAGUACUGAAGAGCAACCCGAAGACACCACAGAUGCGGAUACUACCUCGGAACCUAGCACUACCAAAGCAGCGAAGACUUACCCAUCAUAUCCAACAUACCCAUCUUCAAGUGUCUAUAAAACAUAUCCAGUCUACGGCUCUACUGAAUCUUCGAAGGAUGAAGAAUCAGAGGAUGACGAAACUACUGGAAGCUCUUUGGAUAAGGCCAUCAAGAUCAACGCAGUUUCGGAGUCCCAAAACGAAACAUCGACAGAGCCCAGUCUAAGCUCGACCUCUGCACCUACUGAAGGGCAAGAAGGACUUACAACGGAUACACCAAAUGUGGCCAAUAGCUCGGAGACUGACUCAAGAGAUAUCCCGGAAAUCGUGAAGACCGAAAGUGUCAGUAAGAAUGGAACGGUGGUUAAUUUGGAGGUGACCUGCAAACGAGAGUCCAAGAAGCUGAAACUGGAUACAAGUAGUUCCGACCGUAGCAACAUAUAUUUUAUAUUCUUAGGCUGCUAAAACAAUUUUAUAAUCCAUAACCCAUUCACCAUUUAAUACAAUGUAGCUG